AUGUUCAUAAAUACUCUUGUCGAAGGAAAAAUCCCAGUAAAAGUGUUAAUUGAUACAACAUCUAAAUAUAAUACUAUUAGCAAACACUUAUUCGAUAAGCUUGAAUCUGAUCAUGAAUUAGAAGGUAUAGUUGGUGAUGAUCUGAUAGGUGAAGAAAUAAAAGGCUUAGAUUUACAGUUUCGCAUUAAAAGAAAGUGGCAAAGUUUAGGUGAUACUGAACUAAUAGACUUUCAAAUUCACAAAAAUCCAUCAUUCAAUCUGGUGUUGAGGCAAGAUUGGUUAUGGAUGCAUGAAGCAAAAAUAAGCUUUAGACAUUCUCCCAAAACCUGUGUCUGCUAUGCUAAAAUUGUAAUAGAUACUCAAGAGGAGGUUAUGAAUAUAAUUAACAAAAUUCUCUCAAAUAUUGGAGAUAGACCCAAAGGGUUAUUGCUUUGCACUGAUAAGCAACGAAUAUUUUGCAACAUACCUCCUACACAUCUACUAUCAAGAAGAUUAAAUGACAAUGUUUCCAAAAAUAAGUGUAAGAAAAAUAAGGUCAAAUAUUCCACAGAUGCUUCUUCUAAUUCAGAUACUUCAGACAGUGAUUCAAGUAAUUCUUCCACGUCUAGUUUAAAAAUAGAAGUUACACAUGCGCAUAAGACUAGAGCAGUAAAGAAACGCCCUAUUCGAAAGCGUAAAAUAAAAG